AUGCCUUUCACAACCUUCAGCACCGCCGAGAAGUACAGAUACCAAAAUGGCUUUGAUAGCCACCUAGAGUCAUCCGCCAUUGACGGUGCCCUCCCCGUGGGCCAGAACUCGCCGCAGAAGCCCGCGCUUGGGCUCUACGCUGAGAAGCUCUCCGGAACCGCCUUCACCGCGCCGCGCCACGAGAACAAGCAGACCUGGCUCUACCGCAUCCUCCCGUCCUGCGCGCACCCACCCUACGCACCUACGCCUGAGGCGACGACGGAGCAAUGGGCCAAGGGGGAGGAGCUCAAGUACAUACCCAACCAACUCCGCUGGGACCCCUUUGACCACGACCAGUCGAGGGAUCUGGACUUUGUCUCCGGGCUGAAGCUCGUCGCCGGCGCGGGGGAUCCCGUCCAGAAGCAAGGUCUGGGCAUGUUCAUCUACGCCGCAGGCAAGAGCAUGGACGAGACGUCAGCCUUCUACUCGGCGGACGGUGACCUGCUCAUCGUCGCGCAGGAAGGCGACCUUGACAUCCGCACCGAGUUUGGCUGGCUGCUCGUCCGCCCCAUGGAAAUCGCCGUCAUCCCGCGUGGCGUCAAGUACCAGGUCUUCCUCCCCUCGGGCCCCGCGCGCGGCUACGCCCUCGAGCUGUACCAGGGGCACUUCAAGCUGCCCGAGCUGGGCCCCAUUGGCUCCAACGGCCUCGCCAACCCGCGCGACUUCCAGGCCCCCGUCGCCUGCUUCACAGAGGACGCGGGCAAGACCGCGUCCGAGGGCGGCCGCCAGCACACCGUCACCGUCAAGUUCAACAACGCCCUCUUUGCAACGACUCAGCCGCAUACCCCCUUUGACGUCGUCGCAUGGCACGGCAACUACUACCCCUACAAGUACGACCUGGGCCGGUUCAAUACCAUUGGCACCAUCUCCUUUGACCACCCGGACCCGUCCAUCUUCACUGUGCUCUCCGCGCCCUCCGCCCUCCCCGGCACGGCCGUGGCCGACUUUGUCAUCUUCCCUCCGCGCUGGCUCGUGGGCGAGGACACCUUCCGCCCGCCGUACUACCACCGCAACACAAUGUCCGAGUUUAUGGGCCUCAUCACCGGCGGGUACGACGCUAAGCGCGGCGGUUCGGGUGGUUUCGUGCCCGGCGGCGCCUCGCUGCACAACGUCAUGAGCGGCCACGGGCCCGACGCCGCGAGUCACGAGGGCGCGCGGGCGGCGGAACUCAAGCCGCAAAAGGUGGGCGAGGGAAGCUGCGCAUUCAUGUUUGAGAGUUGCUUGAUGAUGGGCGUCAGCGAGUGGGGGCUGAGGACGUGCAAGAAGGUGCAGGAGGGAUACAGCGAGGAGAGCUGGUCAGGCGUCGUGACCCAUUGGCAGGGCGCCAAGGGGCUGGAGAUCAAGUCUCAUUUGGUAUAG